GAGGACGAGAAGCGGCGUGCAGGCGGGAGAGAAGGCGCGCGUCUGGGAGCUGCGUCGCGAUCAAUGCGAAGGGAUCCACGGCACGGUAGAGGCCAUGCAUCCUCAGAAGAAAAUGAAUGUGGGGCCCACUUCCACGCUGGAAAAUGAUGAAGUCAGGGGUGGGGGGCGCUUGAGAGAACCCGUGUCUGCGGUGAGCCCCUUGCGGAGGGGAAUGGCAGGCAGGGCUGGCAUCAAGUCAAGGCUCUUUUGGAUUGCUGCGGGACGAGAAGGCACCGGCUGUGGACCAUCUGCUUUCUCUUUUCCUCUUGCGUUUCGUGCGAAUCCAUGCAAGGACAUUAGAAAUCAAGUUAUGGCAGAUUGGGAAAUAUGA